CAACCGAAAACCCGUCAGACUUGGUUAGUUGUGAAGAUAACGUUCGUUGGAACGUAUUAGAAACAAGAGAAAACUUUUCUUUAACUAAUUGCAAUUAGUUCGUAAUUUUGAUUCGAUUUUUGAUCAUUUUCUAUGAAAAGUUAAUUGUUACACAUUACAAACUGUUUGUAUUUCGUUUACUCGUUGGUGUUUAAGUGCUAAUGUUUCAACUUUAUCCUCAUCAAUCAACAAAUUUCAUCUCAUCGGUUCCUUAUUAUCAUCAUCGUAACGAUCGUUAUAAAAUCAGUUCAUUAUCACCAUCGAUCACCAUGUUACAUGAAAUUGAAACUGGACCAUUGGACUUGUCCAUGCCUUUUGUUAAAUCAUCAUCUUCUUCACCUUCAUUAUCAUUACUAUCUUCAUCAUCUUCUUCAUCUUCAUACUUAUCAUCGUCUCCAUCAUCAUUUACCAUUGAUCCUCAUACUGGUCAAUGUUUACGUGUUAACGGUCAACCAACCGAUUGGACUUGUUUAACUUUGGAUUUAUCUAAGACAACCUCAUCUUCAUCUUCAUCUUCAUCAUCAUCUUAUUCACCAACUUCAGUAUCACCAUCAUCUAAUCAUCAUAAUCAACACAAUCGUAAUCAUCAACCACAAUCAAUUUCACCAAUUGCAUUGACAACUUCAAAGAAAGUGAUUAAUAUCAAUAUAGUUAAAUCAAAGGACGUUAACAACAAUAAUCAAAUUGAUCAUUACAAUAAGGUUAAUAAUGUUAAAGAUUAUGAUGAUGAUGAUACUGAUGAGAUGGCUGUUGAUGAGACAAUUGAUUAUAAUGAUGAUAUUCAACAAUUAUCUCAACAUAAUGAAUCAGGUGAUUCAAAUCAUUCACUUCAAUCAACCUCAUCAACACCAAUGACCAUUACAAAUGUAAUUAAAUCAACACACACCAACACUGCCACCAACAAUUUGAUCAAAGAUCAAACUAAUAAUUAUAACAAUAUUCAACGGAGAAAUUCAAUUUCUAAUUUUAAUUCAACAAUUAACAACAAUAAUACAAACAAUUUACUCAGAAAACCAAGGGAAAGAGCAAUGUUACCCUGUGAAUAUUGUGGUAAAUCAUUUGAUCGGCCAUCAUUGUUACGUCGUCACCUUCGGACUCAUACAGGUGAAAAGCCUCAUGUGUGUGAUGUCUGCGGUAAAGGUUUCAGUACUUCGUCCUCUCUCAACACCCAUAGACGAAUCCAUUCAGGUGAGAAACCUCAUCAAUGUCCAAUUUGUGGUAAACGUUUUACCGCAAGUUCAAACCUUUAUUAUCAUCGGAUGACCCAUAGUAAGGAUAAACCUCAUAAAUGUUCAAUGUGCGGUAAAUCAUUUCCCACUCCCGGUGAUCUCAAAGCUCACGCUUAUAUUCACAAUGGACAUUGGCCAUUUAAAUGUUCAAUUUGUAAUCGAGGAUUCAGUAAACAGACCAACCUUAAGAAUCACCUUUUCCUCCAUACAGGUGAUAAGCCUCACGUUUGCAAGGUUUGUGACAAAAGAUUUGCUCUCGCGUGUAAUUUACGUGCUCAUCUUAAAACACAUCAACAAAAUGGCGGAAACAACAACACCAACACUGAGACAAACAACAGUAAAAGUCAAUCAACCACCUCAUCAUCAUUUUCAUCCUUAUCUUCAGCCUCAUCUAGUUCAUCAUCACCUUUAUCUUCAUCCAUAUCUACAACAACAGCGACAUCAACAACAGGCUCUUCCUCAUCAUUAACAUCAUCAACUUCAUCCUCAUCAUCAUCAACAACGACUACAACAACAUCCUCACCAUCACCUUUAAUUGGACUUAAUAAUAACACUAAUCUUAAUCUUAAUCAUAAUCCAUUGUUAUCCGGUGUAGGCCUUAAUUGUAACAAUUUAACACCAACAGAUGAUAAAUUAAACUUCAAUGGUGAUGCUAAUUUACAGCAAUUUUUUUUAAUGGCUGCAUCAAUUUUGGCAAUUAAAUAUCGUCAACAGCAAGAUAAUAACUCACAAUCAAUUUAACCAUCAUAAUAACAAUUAAACUAAUCACAUUUUUCAACAAUCAUCUCAUUAAUUAACUCAUCAUAAUUAACUGAUCACUUUUUUUU